GUAAAACUGUUCUCAUAUCUUACGGUAAAACAUUUUCCAAACAUGAAGAUUGGCACAAUUCUUUACUUUUUCCUCUCAAACGCCGUUCACGUCUGUAAAGGGUUCAGUGUAUUGGGCCCCUCUGGUCCUGUGGCUGUCCAGCUUGGAGGCUCUGUGAUGCUGCCCUGUUAUGUUCAAAAUCCCAUACCAGUGGAAGAGCUGGAAGUGGAGUGGAGAAGAACAGACCCUGAAACUUUAGUGCAUUUGUUCCAAGAUGGAGCGAGUCGAUCAGAGUCUCAGGACCAGGCUUACCAUGAUAGGGCACAUUUCUUUACUGAGGACAUCGCCCAUGGAAACUUCUCACUCUUACUAACAGAUGUGACCAUUAUGGAUACAGGAGUUUACAAGUGUGUUGUUUACAGAAACCAGGAAUCUAAUGAAACUUUGAUUGAAGUAAAGAUGAGUGAGUAUUUAACUGUGUCUGGAGGACAGGCUGUGUCUCCAUAUGUGGGGGGGGACACCACUCUGAACUGCUCUGUACACUCCCACAUCCCCCCAGAGGAGCUUGAACAGGUCUCAUGGAAAAAAAUGGAUCAAGAUAUUGUAGUAUUGCUCUUUGUAGAGGGUGAAAUUCAACCAGAGUCAACUAAUGAGAGAUAUAUAGACAGAGUUGAGCUUUUCAGCUCUGAGGAAAUCCACAGAGGAAACUUCUCACUUAGACUGAAGAACAUCCAAACUGAAGACAAAGGCCUGUAUAUAUGUGAAGUUCUCCAUGAGGCGUUCUCAGCUAACACAUCUGUGGAAGUACUGCAGUUGGGUUUCUCUGCCAUCCACAAACUGGAGUUGUUUCUCUGUGCUUUUGUUUGUUUAUGUGGAAUUUCCCUUCUACUUAUCUGCAUACCAUGGACGUGUCUAAAACUGGACGAUAACCACAUGAUAAAAAUACAGCAUGUCCUCGUCUUUUGUCCAAACAUUGUUAUGUUUCUUGCCUUCAUCCUGUGGGGACAACUUGAGGGAUUUUUCAUUGAGGUAGCCAUUUGUUCAGCUGCUAAUCUCCUAAGGAUUGUUCAACUGCUAAAUUUUAUUCCAUUUAUAGACACUUUUCAAGAGAAUAUCCAACAAAGAAUUAAAAAAUUAACCUCGUUACAAUGUCCUGCGUUCUCUGUAAUUGUUUAUUCAGCGUUGGGGCGUGCUUUGGCUGCAGAAUAUAGACUCAUGAUGACUACUAUUGGAAUUAUAACUAUGAUCCUCUUCAUAGGUUUGGUCUUGGUUAUACUGCUAAGGCACAAAUUUCCUUGGGCCGUACAAGUUUGUGUUUGGUGGCUGUUUGAUAUCGGAUUAGGAGCUAUGUUUUCCAUUAGUGUUUUUUCAUUUUUUCUCUUUGUUGACUUGAGACAAAAUAUAAAAGAUAUGAUGGGACUGAUCUUUGUGAAUGUACUUCUCGUCAUAUUGACUGUACUGGCAUAUGCAGAGCUUUACAUUAUUGGUACAGUAUUGUUGUGUUUCCUGUGUUUGUUUCAUUUAGAUUUUUUCCCAUGUACUUUUACUUUAGCAGCCAACAUGUAAUCCAAAGCGUGUUCUUUUCUUGUACUGCUAGCCUUGUCAGAGAGGCAGUGGAAAUUCAAGAAAUUGGCAAAUUCUCAGCCCCUUCUUACAUUUACAUUCAUUG